GAAAACGGUUGCAUUUUUUUGGGCAUGCGCGUGAAGGAAGGAGAAAACACAGUCCUCCUCUGUGACGUGGAUUUGGGAAUUGUUUGUUUUUUUAGUCCGAGAUUGGCUCAGUGAGUAAUAGUACUAGCUACAACAAACAACACUAUGGCUGCUGUGCUUCAGAAGAUCGCAAAGUACGCUAUUCCCGUCGGUCUUGCGGUGGGCGGUAUUCAAUCCGCUCUUUACGAUGUCCAGGGUGGUUACCGCGCCGUCAUUUUCGAUCGUAUUCAGGGUGUCAAGUCGGUUUCCGUCGGUGAAGGUACUCACUUCUUGGUGCCUUGGUUGCAGCGUGCCGUCCAGUUCGAUGUUCGCACCAAACCCCGUAAUAUUUCCACCACCACCGGUUCCAAGGAUAUGCAGAUGGUUUCCUUGACUCUUCGUGUGUUGCAUCGUCCUGAAAUCAAGCAACUUCCCGCCAUUUACCAGAAUUUGGGCUUGGAUUACGACGAGAGAGUGUUGCCUUCCAUUGGUAACGAAGUCUUAAAGUCCAUUGUCGCUCAGUUCGAUGCCAGUGAACUCAUUACCCAGCGUGAGGUCGUCUCUGCAAAGAUUCGUGAAGAGCUCUACAAGCGUGCUAGAGAAUUCAACAUUGCUUUAGAAGAUGUCUCCAUCACCCACAUGACCUUUGGUAAAGAAUUCACCAACGCUGUCGAACAAAAGCAGAUUGCUCAGCAGGAAGCCGAACGUGCCCGUUUCAUUGUCGACCGUGCCGAACAAGAAAAGAAGGCUGCUAUUAUCCGUGCCGAGGGUGAUGCUCAAGCUGCCGAGAUGAUUUCCGCUGCUUUGGAGAAGGCCGGUGAAGGUUUGAUUAACUUCCGUCGUAUCGAAGCCAGCAAGGAAAUCGCACAGACUUUGUCUAACACUCGCAAUGUUACCUAUUUGCCCAGCAACCGUGAGGGUGGCAGCAACUUGCUUUAUAACAUCCAAUAGACGUCUACGAAAAAACGCGCUCGAUUUUUGUAACACCAAUUCAAAAUAUAAACUCUUGUUAUUUGAUAUA